GCGGCGGGUAAAGGCGGCGGAGGGGUCGGGGGUUCGAGGGACCUGCGUUCGAGGGGUUCCCCCCGGGACCCCCAGCAUGUGGCGGGCGGCCCACCCCAGCCCCCCGCACACGCCGCAGCCGAAGAAGUCCUCCAACCGGAACCCCCUCCAGGAGCUUCUCCUGCAACCUUGUACCCUCCAGGACCCCGGCAAAAAUGCUCUCGCGUGCUCCUCGUUGACCCCGAUGCUGGACAGGCUCCGGCUCCGGGAGGCCUGCAGCCCUCUGACUCCCCUGAAGCCUCCCUUGACCGUCUGGCCCGACUUGGCCCCGGAGCUGCCUGGCAGUCUCGAGAAGAGGACAGAGGCCGGUCCGUCUGAUGCGGAGGAGCAGCUGAUCCCCAGGAACAGUUCGACUCCCCGCGUCUCCACCGAGGUUCUUGACCCUAGUCUUCAGUCCCAGGCCUCGGCCCCCUCUCCCGUCCAGGAUAAGUCCGGAGGGGAGUGGGAGUUUUUUACCCGCUGGGAGCCGGAUGCUCCUGAUGUGGGCCAGGCGGAAGCUGGGAAAGAAGCCAGUAGCAUCUCCCUGGACCCAUGUUUGGCCUUGGCGCAGGCCCGCUCGCCCAGCUCUCAGGUCGCUAAGGAAUGUGAGCCUACCAAAGACGUGGAGGCAGCUGGCCCGGAGGUCAGCUCUUUGGAUGAUGCCGUGGCCGGUCCUGAGGGCGCCGGUCCGCCCCGCCACCUCGCUGCGGCCCCUUCCCUGCCUUGUUCCGAGCCGCAGGAGCGGGACUCCCGGGAGAGCCCCGAAAGGGCCAGGACCGAGGCUGCCUCUGGGACCCUUUCUGACAGCUCCCUUCUGUCUUCCACCGUCCUGGGUCCGCCAGGUUUGCCGGCCACCGACGCCCCUGCCGGCCCAGGGACGGGUGAUACGGAGCCGUUGGCUCCGGGUGGAGGAGACGCAGACCCUCCCGGGGCGGAAGAGCCUACGUCUGGCGCCGAGACUCCCGCCGGAGGUGGCCGCCGGACUCCGGUGACCAGCACGGGGACCCAGGUGUCCCCUUUCUCUUGGCUGGAGAAGGGUGUGAACACCUCGGCCUUGUGGGAAAGCCUGUGUCCGAACUUCACCCUCCCCUCCGGGCUGCGGGAGGUCGGGGCCGGCACCACGCCCAUCCCCAAGUGCUCAGUGGGCACUUGGCUCACCCCCCCGGCCUUCUCGGAGAAGAACGUGAACACGGCUCGGGCCUGCACCCAGGACAACGCCGCCGAGACGGACUCUCUCCUGUGGUGCCUGCCCCCCGAUCUGAACGCCCUGUCCCGCCGGGAGUUGGAGGAUCGCCUGCUGAGCUCCCUCAUCAUCCUGGAGGCCCUGUCGGGCCAGCUGCGGGCCUGGCAGACGCAAGGCACGGCCCCUCCCCCCAAGCCCCCUAGCCGGCGUGACGGCAGCACGCAGACAGACGUCACCUCUCUCCCUGAGGUAAGAGGGCCGGAGACCUCCCCCGGACCCUGGAGACCCCAGGGACAGUCCCUUCCUCUUGAGGUUGUCAAGAAGGAGCAUCUCUACCAGACGCUGUAUAUCCGGGCGGCGGAGAAACUCCAGGACCUGAAGCGGAACCGGGAAUGUGAGCGGGAGCUGGAGCAGGCCAGGAGCGCUAUGCAAUCCUUGACGCUGGAAUCCCAGGAGCUUCUGUCCCUGCUUAGCUCGUCUCUGCGGACCUUGAAGGAGGACCGGGCGGCGGUGCACCAGGAGUGCGAUCAGGUGGAGUCCGUGGUCUCUCAGUGCCAGCUUGUGGUGGAGCACGCCAAGGCCACCCUCCAGCGUUUCCGAGAGGAGCGGGAUCAAGCGAUGUGCCGGGAGGAGGAGGCCCUUCGAGGGAAGGAGGCGGCCAAGACAGUGCUGGAGGUCUUCUGUGCUCAUUCCAGUCAACGCAUCAGCCAACUCCAGCAGGACCUGGCUUCCCAGCAGGAGCUCUGUGGCCUUCUGAGAGAAGCCCAGGCCCAGCAGGAAUCCGCUCAUCAGGAACAAGGGGAGGUGGUCCGGCAGGCCGAGGUUCUGGCUUCCACCAUGCAGGAGGACUGGCUAGCGAUGCAGUUAAACCAGUAUGCGACGUGGGCAGCUCUGUUGAAGCGGAGUCACUCCCUGAUGGAGCGGCUGGCAGCCGAGAGCCACCGAGCCCUGCGGGAACACGGUGCCCUGCGGCAGGAGCGGGACGAGGCGGUCAAAGAGAGGGAGCAGGUUUCCAAGCAGCUGGCUGAGGUCUCUGCUCAGUGGGAGGACAGCAAGAGUCAAAUGGAGCAGUUGGCAUUGGAAAAUGGCCGGCUGGCACAAGAUCUGCACGCCCACCUCCAGACCCUGGCCAGGACAGAGGGCCAGCUAGAGGCCCUGCAAGGCCAGCACGCUGGCUGUGCCCAGGACCUGGCCGCCAAGGAUGAAGCCCUGGCCCAACUGGCCCUGGACCGGGAGGAGCAGGAGGUCCGAUGGCAAUGGGAAGAAGCUGUGCUGCGGCGGGCUAAUGAGGAGCUGCGCGAACAGCAGGCGGCCCUGGCCAGGGAGGUCCGGGACCUGAGGGAGAGCCUCGAGUUCAUGGAUCAGGAAAGCCAGGUGACUCACAGCGAGCUGGCCACGGUCGAGUCCCAGCUGAAGACCACGCUAUCGGUGCACCGCGAGCAGAAGCUGCAGUGCGAGGAACUAAAGGACACGGUGGAGAAUCUGCUGGCCGAGCAGGUGUCUUCCAAAGCGGAGGCUGGGGAGCUGCAGGUGCAGUUGGAGAAGAUGCGUCAGGGCGCCCUGGGCCUGGGCUCGCUCACCGCAAGCUUGCACGGCCUCACGCUCUCGCUCCGAGCAGCCCUGCGGGAGGACGAGCAGGAGGGGGAGCGAGGGAUCCCCGCUUUGAGCACAGCCUGCACUCCUGCUCGGCGGCCACCCCCACCUGAUGACAGCACCUUUCUGGGCAGCGUCCUGCGAGCAGUGGCAGGAGAAAAGCCCGUUCCCGGCCCCGUUCCUGGCCCUGUCCCCUCUCUCGGGAGUCACAGCAGUGCCUUUACGAGGGUAGAACCAGCAAUGCCCUCCAAACUGGCAGGUCACGGGUCCCCUGAGAGUCCAGACAUAGAGAGGAGCCUGGCUGAGCUGGAAUCUCUGGUUUCAGAGCUCCAGAGCCUGGGCUCCCUGUUGAGGGAGUCUAAAGAGGAAGCCGUUGCUGCGCUCCAGCGGGAACUGGAUGGCCUCCGGUCCCGGCUAGAGGCCGAGCAGAAGCAGCAGCGGGAGGCCCUGGCUGCCCAGGAGGCGAAGGUGGAGCAGAUGAGCCAGGCCCUGUGUGUGCGCUACAAAAAUGAGAAGGAGCUCCAAGAAGUGAUUCGACAGCAGGACAAGAAGAUCCUCCAGCAGAUUGAUAAGAGCGGAGAAGUGACGGUCCUGCAGGAGGAAGUGGCCCAGCUGAGGCAUCUGCUCCAGCGGGCAGAGACCAAGGCCACUGUUCUCCAGGAAGAGCUAACGUGCCAGCAGGGGCCCGGCCACCAGUCUGCCGGCCCGGACUGGAUGCAGGAGAAAGUGUGGCUGCGCCAGGAGGUGGACAAGCUGAGGCUGCGGCUCCUGGAGGUGGAGGACGAGAAGAGCUUGCUCCUGGUCAAGUCCAAGAGCCAUAGAAACGUCCUCGAGGAGAAUCUGCGGCGGUCGGAGAAAGAGCUGGGGAAACUGGACACCAUCAUCGAGCAGAUUCGGGAGACCCUGCUGAACAUCCCCAAGGUAGUGGGGGGCUGCCGGGAGCUGCAGGGACUGCUGGAGUUACUAGGCUAAUGGGUAGCCCUUCGCCCCUUCCCCUUCUACUCCCCACUUACCUUUCUGCAUUUAUUUGUCUAAAUAAAGUUAUUUCCUUAAGUUUC